AUGGCUCAACACAAAAUGGAAAGCUUGCUCUUGCUUGGCAGUAAUAACAAUAAUGUUAUUUUCGAAGAAGAAUGGGCAAAAUCUCUGCCUGUGGUUAGAAAUUUGCUUUGCAGACAGGUUUUUUGAUUUGGAAUUUUUGGGGAUUUUUUUGUUUUAGUUUUUAGUGGUGUUCUGUUUGCAUUUUUUUUGUUUGGGGUAUCUCCGCCAAUUUUGGCAAACUUCGGAGCCCUAUAAUUUUUCAGUUUCCUAUCGAUAGGGAAAAACCAGAAAUUUUUCAAAAUAAAUCGAGCGACAGGCCAGUAUACCGCGAGCCCAGUGUACCGGGCUAUA